CCCAUUUAUCUGAAUCCAACUAACCCAAAAUUAGGCGGUUCCAUAGUCCAACUAACAACAUCGACGAGUCUACGACGUGAAGAGAUGUUGACCGGAGCGCCGGCGAUCCACCACCUCCUCCGCCACCGCUGGAUCACCGGGUGCCGUUAUCUCUCUGCGAUCAUCUCCGGCUUCUCUCUCUUCAUCGUUCUCCUCCUCACUCUGACCUCUUGGCUUCACAAGCCCACCAUAAAACCCUUGAAUCCGCUGAUUCCUUUGGAUCCCGAUCUCGUCGAUCUCACUCUCCUAAGAAACGCAACCGAGAAAAAUGCAGUUUGCUUAGAUGGGAGCUUGCCAGGGUAUCAUUUGCAGAGAGGUUCUGGAUCUGGCGCUGAGAGCUGGGUUCUCCAUUUGCAGGGUGGAGGUUGGUGCAGUACUGUAGAUUCAUGUUCUUCUCGCCAAGAGACACCAUUAGGGUCUUCACACUACAUGCCACGACAAGCUCUCUUUGUUGGCAUUUUAAGCCAAUCCUCAUCUCUAAACCCUGAUUUCUAUAACUGGAACAGAGUCAAGAUACGGUAUUGUGAUGGUGGAUCUUUUUCUGGCGACACAAUGGUUCAAGCAAAGAAUGGAAGGAAGCUCUUCUUCAAAGGCCAGCGGAUUUGGGAAGCAAUCAUUGAUGAACUAUUAUCAGAAGGACUUGGAAAGUCUAAGCAGGCUUUUCUUACAGGAUGCUCUGCUGGUGGUCUUGCAACUUUCAUACAUUGUGACAAUUUUCGUGCACUCAUGCCUAAGGGGGCCAAUGUUAAAUGCCUUGCGGACGCCGGCUUUUUCCUUGAUGAAAAGGAUAUUUCUGGGAAAAGAACCAUGCAGUCUUUCUAUAACGAAGUUGUCCGACUGCAGGAUGUGGGGAGAAACUUGCCAAAUGAGUGUACAAAGAGGACGAAACCCUCGCAGUGUUUCUUUCCUCGUGAGCUCAUCAAGACAAUAAAGACUCCAUUUUUUAUUGUUAAUCCUGGCUAUGAUUUUUGGCAGAUACAACAUAUUCUGGUACCAAAAGCAUCUGAUCCUGAGUUACACUGGCUGAGGUGCAAGAAGAAUAUUCAUCAUUGUGAUUCCAAUCAGAUCUACGUACUACAAGGCUAUAGGACAUCUAUGCUUGAUGCAUUGAGUGAAUUUCAGCACAAGAAGGAUGCAGGAAUGUUUAUUAAUUCUUGCUAUAUGCACUGCCAGACAGCCAAUAACAUCACAUGGCAUUCUCCAACAUCUCCAAGAAUUAAUAAUAAGACAAUUGCAGAAGCCGUUGGAGAUUGGUACUUUGGCAGAAGAGAAGUGAAAGAUAUUGAUUGUCCAUACCCCUGCAAUCCAACCUGUUAUCAUAUGAAUUUCAACUAGAUGGGAUAAACAGAAGUUCAAUCAGCAGCAUUUGAUUCUUUUCCAAAUUCCUUCUUAUUCACAAGCUCUUUGAUUUGGUUUAUAGUACACAGAUACGGCAAGAGUUUAGCUCUAUCGGUUUACAUUUUCUACGUUGUUGUGGAGCUCAGGGAUGACAAGGAGUCUUAGUUUUUCAGAUAAGCUUGUGUUAAUGCUCUAUGAAACUGUAAAGAUGCAAUGUAUAUUUAUAGCACCUGAUCAUCACCAUCUGUUCAUAUUCGUCAUGUAUGUGUUGAAAAUUUUCCACUAUAUUUUGGUGUCCUUUAGUUAAAUUUGUGAAAACAUUAUCUUUUUUCUGUAGUAUUUCAUUUAUGAAUGUAGAACUUAUACCUU